AUGGAAGCGGAUAACGACUCGGAGUCGGAAAGGAUUAGUGUACCUCCAGUGCCCGAAAGCCCUGACCCGGGAAUUGUCGUCGCAUUCGACCCCGAACUAUCUUCGCUUUCCCCACAGCCCUCGCUUUUUAGUUUAAGUGAUUCGAUUAAAGAACGAGCUGUUUACUGUGAACAUGGUCGAAGAGUAAAUUCCCAUUCUAAUGUUUACAAGUUCCCGUCAGACGAGGAAGAACAUCAACGGCAAGACAAAUGGCAUCGUCUUCUCAAAGUGCUUGCUGGGGAAUACGUGCCGCCAUUUUACGAGGUACUUGCAGACGAUCACGAUUCUUCCAAUCCGAAAACAUGUCUUGAUCUCGGCUGUGGUUCGGGUACUUGGUUACUUGAAGUCGCAUCUGCAUUUCCUCAUGUCUGUUGCACAGCCGUCGAUCUUGUUCCUCUUCCGGCGAGCGCUCGAAUUCCACCAAACUUUCGAUUUGAAAUCGAUGACAUUAGCCUUGGGCUAGAGCACUUUGCAGGGCAGUUUGACGUUGUACACGUGCGAUGUCUAUCCCCUGGGAUCAAAGACUAUUAUCGCCUAAUCGAUGAUACGGUUCUUGCACUUCGGUCCUGCGGGCUUGCAGAGUUCUUGGAGUUCGAUUUGCGGGUAUUCGAUAUUGAGAAGCGAGUUCUUGUCCCUACCAUGCCAGUGCCUUUCUCGGCACGCAUCAUUGCUCUAAUUCGUCAGGCCAUGUUCAAACGAGGUUCUCAUGUGGAUGCAGCCUCGUUGUUGCACCUCUGGAUAUCCGAACAUUGCUCAUUUGAAGACGUUGUGUACCGCGAUAUCUGGAUCCCUUGUGGCGAUUGGCUGCGCGACGAGGAUGCCUGGGGGCAUCCUGCUUUCAGUACUAUGUCGUCAGAUGAUCUUGAGAAUCUUCGCUGGUCAUUCAUGGAAUCCGCACGUCCCCUGCUACUUAGCACAGGAGUACCAGAAGAACUUGUCAGUUCACUCAUAGGUCAGGCCUCCCAGGAACUCCGCGAGGCAUGCAUCCCACUGUUUAUAUGCGCACACAAUGUGUAUGCACGGAAAAAGGAAAGGUAA